AUGGCUGAUGAUUCGGGUGAACAUUGUGUCUUCUUUAGGAAACGUAGUCGUAAAAAUGUGCGGAAAAAAGAAAGUUCCUCUAGUGAAGAUGAAGCGGUUAUUAAGACUCAAAAAAGACGUCAUAUCAACAAUAUGUUGUUUCAACAGACUUCAAAGUUUGGAGGUAAUAAGAAAUGUUCAUCCGAUGAUGAUGACAUAAAUGAAAGUAGCGUCCUUGAAACAGUUACAUACAAGGCUUCGCAUUCCAAGGAGUCUAGGGUAACAAGAGAUCAAAUGGCAGCUGCUACCUCAGAGAUUGAUACGGAUAUGAAAUGUGAUGCACAGUCCAUAUUUGAGCGUGCUCAGAAAGUUAAUCAGGAAACUCAAGAUCGCAAACUGUAUAAAGGAAUGAACAACUAUGCUCAGUAUAUUGAGAAGAAAGAUACUGUCAUGGGAAAUGCAUCCAGUGGUUUCAACCGUAAAGGUCCCAUGAGAGCACCAGCAAAUUUAAGAGCCACUGUUAGGUGGGAUUAUCAACCGGAUAUUUGUAAAGAUUAUAAGGAAACAGGAUUUUGUAGUUUUGGUGACAGCUGCAAAUUUCUGCAUGACAGAUCAGACUAUAAACAUGGUUGGCAAAUAGAGCAAGAAUUAGCUGAAGGGGUCUAUGGAAUCGAUGGUGAAGACAAUCGUUAUGAAAUUACUCAUAAUUCUUCCGGUGAUGAGGUUGCUGAAGAUAUUCCUUUAGUCUGUAUGAUAUGUCGCAAGGAUUUUAAGGAUCCAGUUGUUACUAUUUGCAAACAUUAUUUUUGUAGUGACUGUGCUCUCAAGCGGUAUAAGAAAACUGCACGUUGCUAUGCGUGCACAACAGACACUAAAGGAUUCUUCAAAUUUGCCAAGAAUCUGCUUGCACGUAUUGCUAUUUUGCGUGAGAAAAAGAAAAAACACUCCGAUCUAAGUGAAAGUGAUCAAGAGGAAGGCGAAGAAAUUCAUCACCACUCCUGUUCUCAUUCUUCCGCACCGUGUAAAGAUGAACCAUAUGAAGAAGAUGAUAGACUCAACAAUAACGAUGAAACGGAAUGCAACUCUCCUAGCAAAGUAAAACUCCCACAAUCAUCUGAACCGAAUUGGGCUAAACCUGAGGCACCAGAAUAUUGUGAUUCUGAUGAAGAAAAAUGGAUGGAGGACUUCUACAAUGUCUUAGGCUGUACUAUGAAUGCUACUGAGGAUGAGAUUAAACGGUUUGUUAACCAGGCACGACUGAAGUUUCACCCUGAUAAAAAUUCAGGUACUUCAAGGAAAGAAUUUCUAGUGGUGGAAAGGGCAUGGAGUAUACUACAAUGUCCAGAAAAACGUAAAGUUUACGAUGCUUUGUUAAAGCAGAGUAAAGUUUUGUCACAUUCUGGUGGAUUACCUGUGCAAGGUGAUAUACCACUCAGUGAAUUUCAUCGUGAGUUAACAUCUCCUGAUAGUGCCUUAAAUUUUGAACCGGGUAAUGAAGAUUGCAGUAUUUAUUGGUUGCCAUGUCGUUGUGGUGGGAAUUAUAUCUUAGACAAUCUUUCUGUGCUGUGUCAAGUCUUGUAUGCCAAGUGUACUGACUGUUCCCUACUCUUCGUUGACUUAAAUGGAUUAGAGAAAGAUAGAAUUGAAACAAGAAAAAGGCAAGCACUAUUUCUUCGUCAGUCUUCGCGCAUAGUUGAGAGAUUCGCUCACAAUCCAGUUAGUGUUGCUAUGUUAGCUUGCGCUUUACCGUGGUUGGAACGUGAACAGUAUGAUGAUAUUGCAGUAGAACGAAAUGCUUACGGAAAUUGUGGUUAUGCUUUAUGUUGUAACUCUAGAAGUGAAACAACUAGUAAACAACAGUAUCGUAUAUGCACAGCUACACGUCGAGUUUAUGAUAUUACUAAACGUAGACCUUUUUGUUCAGACUGGUGUUUUCGAGCCUCCAGUCAUAUACGCAAACAGAUUUCAAAAGAACCUGCUUGGUGUCGUUCAUUAGAUAGUUUAAAACCUUGUCGUAUUGAUUUGCUACCUCCUAAUGCAUCUGGACAUGUUGGUAAAGUGAUUUUAGAUGUUCGAAAUCGUUUACGAUUGACGGGAUCUGAAAGUGAUUCAAGCAUUGAAAAUGAAUUAAAUUCAAAUGAUGAAUUAGACCUUGUUGAGUAUUCGAACGCCAUACCUGAUCAUUCGUGUAUGCAACUUGAAAUGAAUAGUGAAGGGGAACUUCCGGCUUUCGAUAUACAUCCACGUACGGUAGAUACUAUUAAAUCAAAAGCUGCCUCCCAUGAUAGUGAAACGAAAACAUCUAACACAUCUUCAUCGGAUGCCAAACAGAUUUUAGUGGGAAAUGAUAUUGACAAUGAAAACGAUACAUCAGAUAUGCUAGUUAGUGUGAGUGAUAGACUUUUAAAACGUUUACGUGAUUGGAUGACGGAAAAAGCCCUUUCAGUACUUACUACUUAUUCGUUUACAUCUGAACAGCAGCCAGUUAAUAAAAUGCAUAGUAAAGUUUUGCAACAGUUCUACUCUAAAUAUGAUCCACUUACCACGUGUGUCCUACCAUUGAUUGAUUCUGUGUCACCUCAAGUUCUUCGACGACAAAUUUUUUUGGAUGAUGUUAAACGAAGUAUGCAUCGAAUAUUAGAUGUUUUACAAGUAAAUCCUUAUCCUGUAUACCGACGAUUGGAAAACGCGGUGCUUCACUUCAAUUAA